GAAAGCUCCAGUGAUUGUGUUGCUGGCGUUGCCUUGGGCUGCAGACUGGAACUAGGCAGAGAGGGAUGCAGGCAGCUGCCCGUGCUCUUCCUCGAAACGCCCGUCUUAGCUUCUCGUCUGGUACCCACCCGCUGGGAUCGCCCCGUGGAGACACACAGUCGCCAUCGGAUCAGCCCCGUGGGCUGGGUGUUCCCACAGCCCCUUCCUUCCAGGAUGUGGCAAUUUUAGGUUGAUUUUUAUUUUAAUACAAACCAGUGAAGAUGACGCCAAAACAUGAAAAGCAAGAAUUUGUAACUGUCUUGGUGAGAGACCCCAGGACGCAAAAAGAAGACUCAUGGCAUUCUUACAUAGACUACGAGAUAUUUAUUCAUACAAACAGUAUGUGCUUUACAAGGAAAACAUCCUGUGUUAGAAGACGCUUUCGAGAAUUUGUUUGGCUUCGACAGAGGCUUCAGAGCAAUGCGGUGCUUAUACAGUUACCUGAACUGCCAUCUAAAACUCCCUUUUUCAAUAUGAACAAUCCCCAUCAUGUGGACCAUCGCCGGCAGGGUCUGCAAGAAUUCCUGGAAAAGAUCCUCCAAGACGCGUUACUGCUUUCCGACAGUCGGCUUCACCUCUUCUUACAGACUCAGCUAAGCCCAGAAGAUAUGGAGGCCUGUGUGUCUGGGCAGACCAAAUACUCCGUGGCUGAUGCGAUUCAUAACUUCGCCUCUUUGAACAGACGUUUCCCUGUAGAAGACGAAGAGAGAAAAAAAGGAAAAAACGAUGCGGACUCUGAUUCAGAGAGUUCAUCCUCCGGGCUCGGACCUAGUGAUGACAGCGUUUCAUGCGGAUGUAAAGCAAGCCCAGCUUCUGAAGAAUCAUGAAAAAUCAUUCCUGUAUUGCUAUCUUUAAGGACAGUACAAAGCAGUUUCUGUUUACUGGUUACGUGUACCACGUAAACAGGGCUGGCUGGUACCUAAAAGACAACGUCGUCAGUACAACCAUAUGUCCUUACAAAAUUUUCAAAACGGACCUCGAUACUAUUAUUCCUUUGUCGAUUUAUUAUAUACGUUGUUUGAGGUCUACACACCGCCUAUUACAUUUAGGUUUUUGUGACUAUUAAAAUCUCAGCAUAGGGUUAAGUCGUGCUCUGCUGACAUAUGUGGCAGUUAAAAUGUUUCCCUUAAUGUCUCUGAUCUGAAAAAUAAAGAUAACUCCUCGGCUUAAAAGUUGCGAUAUCAUAGCAAAUAAAUUCAAAGCAUCUUUUUGUAAUUUGCAUCAGAGAAGUUUCAUCUUCAGAAGUCAUUUGACAUUGGUGAUGAAAUUACAUACCCCACAAGGUAUUCACUUUUUAAAGUAGCUCAGCAACAUCAGCAAAACAACAUUUGUACAAACUAUAUGCUGCUGACAAUUUGAGAUAUAAAUAUAUCUUCCCCUGGUCUUUCUGCAAUGUUGAUGGAGAGCUUGGUUUUAUCAUGCAUAAGAACUGAAGGCCAAAAUUCCUGAGCACGGUUGCUUAGAAGUUAAAAAUAUUAAUAAAAAUGACAUAAUUUCUAGGCUUGCUGGAGAUUCGCAGUUCCCAGGGAAUUACGGAUACUCGUUCCCAGUGAAAAAUCCUGGAUGAAGUCCAUCGAAACCAGCGGCUGAGUUUUGCAUUGGCCUGGCUAGGGCCAGGAUUUCACCCAGCGUCUUUAACUUUCGGCACUUAAUAUUUGAAGGCGCCGGGGGAGAUGUUUUAGUUUAGCAGUUUAAAGGGAGAAUAUCUCCCUCUCCGAGAUGACGAUGAUGAUCACGUAGCUCUAACACGCUGUACGGACCUGGACCUCUCCGCUCUUCGGGAGUCACGGUGGCUGCUGAUUUCAUUGUGGCUGUAGUUAACACGUCGGAAUAUUGACUUUUUCACAAACAAAAGGCAGGCUUGAACACAACUUCGCAACCACCACUGCUUAUUUUCAUUAAACGUCAGUUUUCCUCUUUAUUGUUAACAGCAGCUGCGUAGUGUCUUGUCCCAGAUUCUGUCAAAGGAGUAUGUUUCACUGUGGUGUUGUAUUUAUAUUUGACAUUUAACUGCUAUUAAAAAGAGCUGGGGGGUCUGAUCACCCUAGCAAUGCUCACAUUAACUUCAGUGCUGGAGUUCCCAGCCUACAAAUGGAUAUUUUUUAUUUUUUAAUUUUUUUUUUAAAGAAUUAUGUGCGUAUAGUCUAAGAAGGAGCAUUUUAAACCUGUGAAUUACAGAAACAAUAGAUAAUUAAAUAGCCAGAUAAUAAAGGUUAGCAUAGGCGUGUGUGGGCAUGCUUUUUUUUAAAGCAUCCAGCUGGGAAUCUGUGUAAUUUUAGAAACGUGUUUUAAUAGCCCGAGGAUAACAGCUCUUAGGUAACUACUUUAAGCCACUGUAUUUUGUUGAUGGUAGCACUCCUGUAAGAUAAAUAUCUGUGUUUCUUUUUGCUCGGUCUGACUGAAUUGCACAAAUGUAUCUGUUCACCCUCUCAGCUUGUGUGUGAGUUAGCAGCAAAGCUAUUUUAAUGUGAAAGUGCUAACAUAUAAUUAAAAGCAACAAGUUAUCACUGAAAGUAGCUUAAAAAAUAGCUGUUAUUGCCAGGCAGAGAUGUUGGUUUACUUGACUUUUUUAAGAUGGCACAUUACAAGAAAGACUGUGUAGCAAAUUUAUUUAAAAGAUGGAGAAAAUAUAAAACUAAAAACUGGAAUAAUGUCUGAGAAGGAUGUUGAUGUUUUUAUUUAAUGCAAUGUCAGGGUAGUGGGUUUGUUUUUUUUUUUUUUUUUAAUUUUGUUUUAAAAGAUUGAUCUAAACUGUUGGAGCACCUUACAAUUCUGGCCUACUAACACGUCCUCAAUAUCUGACAAAAAU